AUGGCGCAAUACACGAGCACAACAUACUCGACAACAUCAUGCCUGGAGUUGGACCGACAGCUCGAACAGCUACGUCUGAGCAGGGAGCAGGAGCGGGCGGCGGCGGCGGCGCGGCCCGGCCCCCAGGAGAGACUCAUGGUUCGCGUUCAGGGGGACGAGGCCGGCCGCACUCAGUACGUGCCGGCCGGGCCGCAAAUCACCAUCCUGAAGAGGCCCGAUCAGGCCAACCGGGAGCGGCGUAACGAGCAGGAGCGCAGCCGGCAGCCGGCAAAGACGCUGCAGCAGAGGGAAGCUGAGUACGCCGAGGCUCGACAGCGGAUCUUAGGCAGCAGCGGGGUGAUAGAGAAAAAUCAAGGAUCGGAGAGGUCAGCUCCUGUUGAGCUGCUGAGGAAUAAGCAGUCGGCGCAGGCCGUGUGCCGUCAGCCGCGCGGCCCCGACGGCACAGCCGGCUUCCAGCUGCGCAGAUAA